AUGUUUGAGCCAAUGACCCAACCGGUUGUCGACGACGACUGUCCGCUCGUUGCCAACGACGAUCAUGACUCGGAUCAGUUGUCUCAGAUAGACUUCGGCUCUGACAACACAUUGGCAGUCAUUUACGAUAGUUGUAACUCUCCUGAGGCUAAAAGAGCAACGGAAGCGCUGUUUGGUUUCACUGAUAAAGACCUGGAUGUACUUAACGACGGCUCCCGUGAUGUCAUGUGGAGUAGUAGUAGCAGUACUAGUAGUCAACCGCUUAUGCAUAUCACUAACAAGUCAAUAGCCAAUGGAUCAUUUGGUUACGAAACUAGCGGCGAUAGUGAUGACUGCGGCUGGCCACAAGUGGCCGAAUCACCGCCAGUGAUGGACAAAGGUGCAGCUGCUGCUGAUGAUUAUGUCGGCAAAGCACUUCCAGUGGCCGCCAAAAAGCAAUCAAUUGUACCCGAUAUGGCCAACGAUGAUGAUGAUGAUGACUCAAUUGAUGUUACCGAUACUAUACAGUCGAAUAUGGAUGAGCCGAGAUCAGCUGACAAUAAUCAUAAGGAUGUGGUCAGUGUUAAUGCAAACGGUCUGUCGUUUUUGAAACACACCACCGACUCGAAGAUAAGUGACACAGAUUGUGGCCAUAACAUGGCUGAUGAUGCACAAAAUAUUAGUAGGAAAUACUUUAAAUUAAUUAUGACUAAAGUGAAACCACUGGUCAAUUACUGGAUCAAUGAUUUACUGUUAGCUACCGGUGCGUUGACAAUGAAAUUAGUAAAAAUUGAAAACAUUUACUGGACCGGUCAGGAUCAACAUUUUCAAUUGGCUUCCAUACCUAAUAAACCGACAUACGGGCUACUAGUGCCCAUUUAUAAUAUGCAAUUGAUGCGGCAGCAACAAAAUGAUCUAGCUAAUAGUACAUUGAUGAUUGUGCCGUUUAAAAAAUUUACCCGUAUUGAUAUGUCAACUAUAACUAAGCCAAUUAAUAACCUGGAUGACUUAAAAUCAAUUACUAUCAUACAUAUUAUCGGCAAUACUACGGACAAUGCUAACAAAGUCAAAGUCAAUGUACUCGCAAAUCAAUUGCCAAAACCAUCGAUAGUAUUGGAGUCAAUCCCUGGACCGUCGGGUCUGCAAAAUCGUAAAAUACAGUCAAACAGUAACCGAAAACGAUCGGCCAAUGAUAUGUUAGAUAUGUCAGCUCCCGGUCCGUCUAAACAUAGAAAAGUUAGCCACAAACAAACGAUCGUACAGUCUAUAGAUAUGCCAAAUGUCAAUCAAAAUACUAUUGAUACUAUUGAAGGCCAACAACAAUCGGAAAGUGUAUGUCGUCUGCAAGUUGUUCCCGAUGUCGUUCCCGACGACUCAGAUCCAAAUGUUAUACAACUAUUGUUUGACGUCCGACGGUCCGCUAUACCACUCAAUUCUGAAUCGGCAAUACCGGUGAUGGUGGCCGAUCACGAUCAGACUGGUCGGCUACUUGUUUACAUCCCAGAGCUUAUCAUCGACGAAACCUAUAAGCUAUCGGCGACCGAUGCUAAACAAUGUAAGACAGGCCGUAAAAAAUCGCCAGGAAAUAAAAGACGACAAACAGCCGCCGCCAGUCGGCAAACUAGUGGCCAAUCGGACGAUACCAUAGAUACCUCAUCAGUCAUAACAUUAAACUCGACGACUGUGUCGACACUGAUCUGUAAAAUGGAUGGCUGUAACUGUAAUAAUAAAAUACUACGUGUAUUCAUCAAAUUAGAUACCGGUGCCCGGUAUAUAAAAAUACUAAACUUUCUAUGGCAUGGCAUUGAUAUGUAUUUUCUAUUAAAUAAAUUCAAUAAUAAAUUUCCCGAUCACAGACUACUGGUGCCAAUCUAUAAACGGAUGUCCGAUUCAAACUGUCCUAUCAUUGAGUUUACUGCCGAAACCAAAGUUUUUAUACCAAAUUACUGUUUCGAUUCAUUUGUCGAUGUUGUCGAUGGACAGUUGGUUGACCCUAAAGGUAAGGGUGGUCAGCGUAUGGAUCCCGAUAGGAUAGUUGCGUAUGUGGCCAGCAAAAAGAGCCGAUUGAAGAAAAAUGCCGAAAACGAUGAAAAGGAACUGGAGGUCAGGGUAGAGGAGGUCCGGUUGGCUAACAAUGUAUUUGUUUUUAAACAAAUGUUGAGACAACUAACAGACCGAAAAACUAUGAACCAGUUAUUGGUUGAGAAAUUGAAUAUCAAUUGA